CUGGAGUCUUUCUGUUGGUCAUUUCCUCGAGCACCUUGCGUAACGUUCACGCGGGUUUCUGUGCGGCAGUUAAAGAAAAAAGAAAAGCUCUUUUUUUUUUUUUCUUUUUUUUAAAUUUUUUAUAUAAAUAUUAGAUUUAGGUGAUUUUGUUAACCAAGUUUUUGAUCAUUUAAGCUUAUCUGUUUGUUUUUUUUCACUCGUAAAAGGGGCUUUAUAAAUUUUUGCUCAUCUUCAAAGAAAGAUUGAAGCUUUUCACUGCAUUCAUCAUCAUUAUCCUCACAUGGCUGCUAAUGCUAUAACGUCGACUUCGCUUACACACCCAAAGCAGUCGUUUUCUGCUAAAACCCAUCGAAACCCUCGUCAUGCUUUCCUUUAUGAACCUUCUUCUCCCUCACGAAUGAGUUUUGGGGUUAAAUUAGGAAAUGGGUUUGCAGCGGAGGCUUCAAUAGCAGUUAAGGAAUCGAAGCCUUUAUCUCCAGUUUCGGACAAAAGGGUCAACAGACCCAUCAUUGUCAUUGACAACUAUGAUAGCUUUACCUACAAUCUUUGCCAAUAUAUAGGUGAGCUCGGUUGUCCAUUUGAAGUUUAUCGGAAUGACGAACUAACUGUGGACGAACUAAAAAGGAAACAUCCCAGAGGAUUGCUAAUCUCCCCAGGGCCAGGCUCACCCCAAGAUUCUGGAAUAUCAUUGGAAACUGUUUUGGAACUUGGACCAACUGUACCGUUAUUUGGUGUAUGCAUGGGUUUGCAGUGCAUUGGAGAGGCUUUUGGAGGGAAGAUUGUUCGUUCACCCUUUGGUGUCAUGCAUGGGAAAAGUUCACCCAUAUAUUAUGAUGAGAAGGGGGAAGAAGGCUUGUUCGCUGGACUAUCUAACCCGUUCACUGCUGGUAGAUACCACAGCCUUGUGAUUGACAAGGACAGUUUUCCUCACAAGGAACUUGAGGUUACAGCAUGGACAGACGAUGGAUUAAUAAUGGCUGCGCGUCACAAGAAAUAUAGGCAUAUACAAAUAACAUGGUCGGUAAAGCCUCUUGGUAGUAACGUACCAGAAACUUGAGAAUAAAUUCAUUCUUCAGUUCUUCACCAUGAAGGGUGUUCAGUUUCAUCCGGAAAGUAUUAUUACCACCGAAGGCAAGGGGAUUGUGCAAAACUUCAUCAGAAUGGUAGAGAGAGAAGAAGAUGUCAAAAACUGAGAAUUAGAGGCUCACUCAAUGUUCAUGACUAUGCUUUACCUAUAUAGAAUAUGAUAUGGAAUUACCACCAAGAAAUUGGGAACUCUUUCUUGUUGGUUCAAAAAUCAUCUAACUUUUAAUUUUGUUGUUACCUGUGGAGGAAUUGCCGAAUGUGUGCAACUUUAUCGGAAUGAUAGAGAAAGAAUUAGGUGCUUUGUAUUACAGACGUGGUCUAUUUUCACAACUAAGCUUUACCCUUGUAAUGUAUACAGCCAUUUGCAAUAAUCUACAAACAAAUAAUUAUUUUGA